ACAUUGAAGUCCUUAAAGUUGGCAGCACUUUUGUUAUCUGCGAUAAACUUCGGAAACGCUUCUGCUUUCGUGAAAGGUGUUGCAUCGUUAGAAUUUGGAUUGGAGAUUCACUUUCACUCUUCUUUUGAGUCGUGGCAAAUUCGUAGCGGAGUGCUUUGCAAUGGCACGAGGACAGCAGAAAUUGCAGUCUCAGGCUAAAGCUGCCGAAAAGUUGGCUAAACAGAAAAAGCAGCAGGGUCACAAUGCCAAUACCCAGAAGAAGGCUGCACAAGCGGCGCUUGUGCAUGUCUGUGUAGUGUGCAAGGCACAGAUGCCAGAUCCGAAGACAUACAGGCAGCAUUUUGAAAAUAAGCAUCCCAAAAAUGAACUUCCACAAGAUUUAAAGGAUAUUGCUCUAUGAUAUAACAGUUGGCAAUUCUGCCAUUAUGUAUGUACUAAUUUUUCUAUGGGGAACAAUAAACAGUGGACAGUAAACAACUGUGGUGCGAGUUCAUCUUGACAUAUGCACAGUAUUAUUGAGUGUGCAAAAGGGGGGGAUGAAUUUUAGAACAUUCUUCCAUUUACAUAACUAAGCUGUAUCCUGUGAAACAAUUUUUACAAUUGCAUUUCUGAAACUAUAGCUAAUUUUAGUGAUUGCAUGAUACUCAUUUGCACUAUUUGAAAAUAAAUGAACUUGUAAAGUUUAAAAACUGA